AAUCCUCUGCCCUUCCCCUGCUUCGCCCUUCAUAGCCGGAAAGAAGAGGAUAGCCUCCGCCGGCCGCCUCUUGGUGCUUUGCUUCUAGAGCAGGAAACGACGUUCUUGGAUCGUCCUCGCGACUCUGCCGGCGAGUGAAAAGGAGGAGAAUCUUUGGUGUUUGGUCCCGACUCUCCCUCCGGUCGUCGUUUCGUUUGCCGGCACGAUGAGUAAUACGCUGCUCCGAAUCUACCCUUCCGAGCUCAAGAUGCCAUUUGAGCUCAGGAAGUCGAAUUCAGGAUGCAUCGAGCUCGUCAACAAGACCGAUCAGCGUGUAGCUUUCAAGGUGAAAACAACUAACCCCAAAAAGUACGCAGUGCGGCCUACCUCCGGCAUCGUGCCGCCAGGGGGAUCCUGCGGUAUCACAAUUACGAUGCAGGCACCCAAGGAGAUCCCGCAGGAUUACCAAUGCAAGGACAAGUUCCUCAUUCAAAGCGUCAUAGUGCAGGAAGGGGUAACGCAUAAGGACAUUGUCCCUGAGAUGUUCGGCAGAGCGCCUGGCAGGGUGGUGGAGGAGUUCAAGCUGCGGGUGAUCUACAUCCCUGCAAAUCCCCCCUCACCGGUGCCUGAGGGAGACGAGGAAGAGAUUGCAGAUAUGGAGGUCGACCAUGAAGUGUUUAGACAAUCCAUGAUCGAUGCUGCAUCUAGGCAAGAAUAUGCAUCUGGACCACAAGCUUCACAUGACAAGGACGCCUCUACGGUAAAGUCAGAAGUUGUUAAAUAUGUGGCUGAAAACAAGAAGCUUCAACAAGAGCUGGAACAGCUUAGCGAGAGAAGGCAGUCUCUUGGGGGUUUCUCACGUACGUUUGUGCUCUUCGUCUUCCUGUUAUCUGUUCUUGUUGGAUACUGGAUGACAGGUCGGAAGGUUUAGCCACAAAUAGUGGCUACAUAUACAUAUGGUUUUGCGGCUUGGUGUAUGCCUUGCCUGGUUACCCCUUGUUUUGGAUGAUUUUUCUCUUCUGUUUUUUUUUUAGUUUAGUCUACACUGUAUAGACAGGUGUUCUGGGUUUGAAGUUAUACAUGUGUUGGGGGUGUACAUUUUUUGUGGAAUAUGCAGAAGACACUGCAUAUCUAUUCCAUUAAGAACUCACCCCUUUGAACAAGAUUCAAAUGAUAACUGCAUUGUGUUUUUUA